UGUUCAUGUGAUUAGCUGGUAGCCUCAGCCUGUAGCCCGUAUUUUUUAUGCAAGGCUGUACAUGUUCCUGAAUUUAUUUAGUCAUUGGAUUUGAGACGGCGACUGCCUGAAAAUGAGUAAUGCAAAGGGAUCCAAAACUAUCACAAUUGUUGGAAGUGGGCUGAUUGGACGGUCCUGGGCCAUGGUGUUCAUCAGUGGGGGCUUUAAGGUGAAGAUCUAUGACAACCAACCUGGUCAGGCAACCAAAGCCAUCACAGAGAUCAGAAAGCAGCUAGAGGAGCUUCAGCAGGCCCAGAUGCUGAGGGGCAGCCUGGGUGUGUCCGAGCAGCUGGCCCUGCUUAGCAGCCACGAUGACCUCCAGCAGGCACUAGAGGGCGCCUUCUUUGUCCAGGAGUCAGUGUUUGAGGAGCUGGAGGCCAAGAAGAGUGUGUUCCAGGCGGUGGAGUCCCAUGUCACAGAGGACGUGAUCCUCAGCAGCUCCACUUCCUGCCUGAUGCCCAGCAAUGUCUUCGCAGGACUCCAGAACCGAUCCCGCUGCAUCAUAUCCCAUCCAGUGAACCCUCCCUACUACGUGCGACUGGUGGAGCUGGUGCCGCACCCCGACACCGCGCCCGAGGUGGUGGAGGUGGCCUACACCCUCAUGAGCAGCGUCGGCCAGGCUCCCGUCCGGCUGCGCAAGGAGAUCGACGGCUUCGCCCUGAACCGCGUGCAGUACGCCAUCAUCGCCGAGUCCUGGAGGCUGGUCAAGGAUGGAAUAAUAUCCGUGGAGGACAUAGACCUGGUGAUGACCGAAGGCCUGGGCAUGCGUUAUGCCUUCAUUGGUCCAAUUGAAACCAUGCACCUCAACGCACCAAAAGGUCUAGAGGACUAUCUUGAGCGCUAUCGCGUGGGAAUGAAAAGGGUGCUGUCGACGUUUGGGCCUAUACCUGAGUUUUCUGGAGAGGAAGCCGCUCUGGUCAACAAGGAAAUCUGUGAACUCAUCCCUGCCGAUCAGGAGCACCUCUCAGCCAGGAGGGAGAGGCGGGACAAGCUCCUGAUGGAGCUGUCCAAGCUGAAGAAGUGAGCUAACGCUGCUCCUCCGAUGACCCCAGGGUCGUGCAGGGGCGGAUGGUUGGGGACGCGUCUCAGAACAGAAUUCCAUCCGGAGCCCUCCUGGACGACCUGGCGGCUACAGACCAGAAUGCAUUGGUGCUCGGCCCUCUCAGUGAUAUCAAUACUAAAUGUGACUGGCCCUCAGGGAAGCCAGCCAAAAGUGCUCUUUGGCAUAGAGAUCUAAACCACGAAAAGAAAUCUGAUUCAAUUGCAGGUACACAGCCAAGCACUGAAAUGAAUCAGAUCGUUUUAAUGCUGUAGUAGCUCAUUAUGUUAUUAUUAUUAAUUCACUGUUAUAUUGACUUACCAUGAAAAUGUAUAAAUGAUUAAAAUAAACAAUCAUGGCCUUAUC